UCGCUCGCUCUUCUCCCUGUCACUGUCUCUUCAAGAGUCAUCCCUCGUUCUCCAAACGAGAAUUGUCGAGGGGUUAAAACUAAUUGUAUUUUCCUUUUUCUUACUUCGAUACUUUAAAACUUAAAAUAGUAAAUAUGUCAGGCGGUGCAUUAUUCAGCAAUAAUGCUUCUCGCGGCUCUAGCAAAUAUCUCGUUGAAUUCAAAGCCGGUAAAAUGACUAUGAAAGGAAAAAUGGUUUAUCCCGAUACUCGCAAGGGACAGGUUUAUGUCUAUCAAUCUGAUGAUUCUCUUAUGCAUUUCUGUUGGAAAGACCGGACCACCGGAGUCGUCGAAGACGAUUUAAUCAUCUUCCCUGAUGACUGUGAAUUCAAACAUGUUCCGCAGUGUGAAACCGGCAGAGUUUAUCUGCUACGAUUCAAGUCCUCUAGCCGCAGAUUCUUUUUCUGGCUUCAGGACUUGAAAACCGACAAGGACAAAGAGCACUGCAGAAAAAUAAACGAAGUACUCAACAAUCCACCUACACCGGGUUCUCAGCGCAGUGGAGGAGCUAAUCAUGAAGGAGAUUUACAGAAUUUACUCAACAACAUGUCGCAACAACAAUUAAUGCAAUUGUUCGGCGGCGUAGGCCAAAUUGGAGGUUUAGGAAGUUUAUUGGGAACAAUGAAUAGGCCUCAUGGUACAAGAGCAACAACCACAACUGCCUCUACUCCUGUAACCACUUCUGUUGCCAGACCGCCUGCUGCUCAGACUCCGGCUCCUACUACUGUCACCGAAGCUCCAAAACCAGCAGAUUUGACAACGUAUCAAGACCUGCCAAACUGGGAACCCGUAGCUCAGAGGGGAGUAGCAAGCGAGCUGACCAAUUCCUUCCCGGGGGCGAUAACGGCUACGGAAAGUCUGGAGAGGACAAUGAGCGAGCACUUGCCACCCGGGGACAACCUGUCCACCACGCUAACGUCCCCCCAGUUCUCCCAGGCGCUAUCAAUCUUCUGGUCUGCUUUGCAGUCGGGCCAGGCGAGUGCGAUCGUCCGUCAAUUUGGUCUUGGACCGGAAGCCGUCAACGCCGCCGACCGGGGAAACCUUGAAGCGUUCGUCAGCGCCCUCGAGACCGAGGUCAAAGCCGGACAGCAGCAGCAGCAGUCUGCGAGCACAACGACGCAACAACAGCAACAGCAAUCGAAAGAAACAACGGGCGAGGAUGACAAAAGCAAAAAAUCGUCAGCCUCCUCCGGAGCUCCUUCGAGCGGCACCAAUCCUGCGAAAAAGGACGACGACGACGAGGGAAUGGCACUCGAUUAAACUAAACAAACAAUCAUUUUUUCCCCCCGCCUCGAAUAAAAUCCUUCAAACAAAUAA